UAGUUAAAAUAAUUUCAACUGUUAAAAUUAAUUUAACUAGUGAAAUUAAUUCAACUAUUGAAAAUGAUUUAAUUGUUGAAAUUAAUUCAACUGUUUUAAUUAUAGAGAAUAAUUUACAUAUAGUAAUAUUAAAUAAUUGCAUUAGAAGUACAUAUGAAGUUAAU